AUGUUUAGAUCCUCACUGCUCCACCUCCACAACCUCCACAACCUCCACAACCUCCAGAACCUCCAGAACCGGAACCCUGAAGAACCCAAACCCUGUAGACCUCAGACUCUGGAGUGUUCAGUCUCGGCUCAGACUCGUGAGGACGAAGAGUCCAAACUCACAAACACAGAUCAGCUGUUUCUGCUGCUUUACACUGAACAUUACGGUAAACUCGGCUGCGCGCUCCCGCUGCGGCCGCGCGUGCCGCCCGUGCGUGCUGCCCCCCUGUGGCCGGGUGUGGAACAGCAGGGGCAGAGGCACCUGUCAGAGGCACCUGUCACAGCACCUGUCAGAACACCUGUCAGCGCAGGACCGCGGAGAUCGAUCUUCUGCUGCAGUGAAAUGUCCCUUUGGCCGGACAGCGGGCAGGUGCAGGACCCUGGGCAGGUGCAGGACUCUGGGCAGGUGCAGGACUCUGGGCAGGUGCAGGACUCUGGGCAGGUGCAGGACUCUGGGCAGGUGCUGGAGUCUGGGCAGGUGCUGGAGUCUGGGCAGGUGCUGGACUCUGGGCAGGUGCAGGACUUUGGGCAGGUGCUGGACUCCGGGCAGGUGCUGGACUCCGGGCAGGUGCUGGUGGGGCAGGGCAGCGCUGAACCCGUUCCUGCCAGCCCCAGGUGUAGAUGGAGCCCGGGAAAACUGCAGGGACCCUCCUGCCCACAGGAGGCGCUCAUGGGCAAAGCCAAAGAACUGUUUGAACUGUGCGACAAAGAAGGGAAAGGAUUCAUCACCAAGAGAGACAUGCAGAGACUUGAGGGUGAGGUUCCUCUGUCACCGGAGCAGCUGGAGACGGUGUUCGAGAGUCUCGAUCGUCACGGCAACGGCUUCCUGACCCCGCUGGAGUUCAACACCGGCCUGGGAGAGCUGGUGUCUCUGCAGGAGACGGUGGAGGAGGAGCCGGAGCUGGAGGACACAGAGUCGCACACAGACGUCUCCCAUGAUGCAUCAGCUCUUCGAUUCGCCAACACGAUGUCAGAGCUGUGUGGAGAGCGACUCUUCAGGAGUCGUGCAGAGUUGUGCGCUCUGUGGACUGACCUGCAGAAGGACAGUCCGGUUCUGGGGGAGGUUCUGGAGGAGCUCCUGCCGCAGGCCCUGUCGCACCUGCACGACUCCAUCAGAGACAGGGACAGUCUGGAGCAGGCGCUGCGCAGACGAGAAGCUGAACACGAGCAGAUGAUUCGCUCUUUAUAUGAAGAAAUGGAGAGCCAAAUAAAAGAGGAGCGAGAGAAACAGGCGGCGGAGGACCGUGUCAAACAGAAGCAGAAGAACCGACAGCUGGAGAAGGAACUGAAGAACCGAGCUCAGGAGCUGGAGCUGAGCCACAGCAAACACAAAGAGGUGGAGGUCCGUUUGAGGCAGAUGAGUCGUGAGCAGAGCAGAGUGAAGGAGCAGAACCAGCAGCUCCAGAAGAUCACGGCUCAGCUCCAAGAACAACUGGAGAACAGCCAACAUCAUCUACAGACGGCCCUGAGUCAACUGACCCUGCUGCAGGAGCGAGCGGAGCAGGAGACGCUCAGCAAACAGAGAAAUGUUCUGAAAGUGUCGAGGAACAUGCAGAAGGAGAAGGACAGUUUGAUGAGGCAGCUGGAGCUCCUCAGGGAAAUGAACAGGAGACUGAGGGACGAGAAAGACGCUCGUCUGGAGACUCAGAGGAAAAUGAUUCACAAACGUCCAACGAACCAGAACCUGUUCCCCCCGUAACCCCCCCCCCCC